GCAACAGUUGCCUCGAGACCCGGCGCCCGGCGCCAUAGUGACCGUAGCCCUGGAGACUGUUACUUGCCAACGGCGGCAACGCGCGGCCCCGGCGGCCGGAGCCCAGCGCAGCCCGCGGCACCCGGCGGGGACGGCAGCAGUGAGCAUGCAGAGUCCAGAGGGUGGAUCAGACUCAGCAGCUUCUGUGGCUCUUCACCCGUCGGCCUCAGCGCAGGCACCAGUGGUGCAGCCAGUGCCAGCCUCGCAGCAGAGGGUUUUGGUCCAAGCCGCGGGCUCUGCUCCCAAAGGGGCACAGAUGCAGCAAAUCUCUGUUCCCAGAGUCCAGCAGGUUCCACAGCAGGUGCAGUCUGUGCAGCACGUUUAUCCAGCCCAGGUGCAGUAUGUGGAAGGAGGAGAAGCUGUUUAUACCAACGGAACCAUACGAGCUGCCUACUCAUACAGCAGCGAGGCGCAGAUUUACGCCCCCGCCAGCGCCGCGCCCUAUUUCGAAGCGCAGGGAGGAGGAGGAGGAGGAGGAGCUCAGGUGACUACAGCGACAUCCUCUCCUACAGCCAUUCCCUCUCACAACAUGGUGGGCAUCACCAUGGACAUUGGGGGAAGUCAGAUCCUCUCCGGCUCGGGAGCCUAUCUCAUUCAUGGGGGGCUGGAGAACUCUAGACAUUCUCUGUCACACACCUCACGCUCCUCUCCAGCAACGCUUGAAAUGGCGAUUGAAAACCUACAAAAAAAUGAAGGGAUUACAUCACACAAAAGCAGUUUGCUCAACAGCCAUCUGCAGUGGCUGCUGGAUAACUACGAGACAGCAGAAGGUGUGAGCCUGCCCCGGAGCUCCCUGUACAACCAUUACCUGAGGCACUGCCAGGAGCACAAGCUGGACCCCGUCAACGCCGCCUCCUUCGGGAAGCUCAUCCGCUCCGUCUUCAUGGGGCUGAGGACUCGGCGCCUGGGCACCAGGGGAAAUUCCAAAUAUCACUACUACGGGAUCCGCCUGAAGCCGGAGUCGCCGCUGAACCGCCUGCAGGAGGACACGCAGUACAUGGCCAUGAGGCAGCAGCCCAUCCACCAGAAGCAAAGGUACAGAGCAGCCCAGAAGAUGGAUGGGAUGGCAGAGAGUGCAUCCAACAGCACCCCCCACACCACACCCGAGCAGUCAGUGGCUGCCCAGUGCCAGCACCACCAGCAGUUCAUAGAUGUAACCCACGUGUUUCCUGAGUUCCCAGCCCCUGAUCUUGGUAAUGUGCUCUUACAAGAAGGUUUCACCUUGAACGAUGUGAAAACUCUGCAGGUUCUCUACAGGAGACACUGUGAGGCCACUUUGGAUGUGGUGAUGCACCUCCAGUUCCACUACAUUGAGAAGCUGUGGCAAUCCUUCUGGAGCCCCAAGGCAGCCCCCAGUGAUGGCCCCACUGCUCUGCCCUCCAGUGAAGAGGAACCCGAAGGGACCCUCCCAAAGGACAAACUGAUCACCCUGUGCAAGUACGAGCCCAUCCUCAAGUGGAUGAGGAGCUGUGACCACAUCCUGUACCAGGCCCUGGUGGAGAUCCUCAUCCCUGACGUGCUCAGGCCAGUGCCCAGCACGCUGACCCAGGCCAUCCGGAACUUUGCCAAGAGCUUGGAAGGAUGGCUGAUGAAUGCCAUGAGUGAAUUCCCCCCCCAGGUCGUGCAGACCAAGGUGGGGGUGGUGAGUGCCUUUGCCCAGACCCUGCGCAGGUACACGUCCCUGAACCACCUGGCGCAGGCGGCGCGCGCCGUGCUGCAGAACACGUCCCAGAUCAACCAGAUGCUCAGCGACCUCAACCGCGUGGACUUCGCCAACGUGCAGGAGCAGGCCUCGUGGGUGUGCCAGUGUGAGGAGGGCAUGGUGCAGAAGCUGGAGCAGGAUUUCAAGCUGACUCUGCAGCAGCAGAGCUCUCUGGACCAGUGGGCCAGCUGGCUGGACAACGUGGUCACUCAAGUGCUGAAGCAUCACGAGGGCAGCCCCAGCUUCCCCAAGGCAGCCAGGCAGUUCCUGUUGAAGUGGUCUUUCUACAGCUCCAUGGUGAUCCGGGACCUCACCCUGCGCAGCGCCGCCAGCUUUGGCUCCUUCCACCUGAUCCGCCUGCUCUACGACGAGUACAUGUUCUACCUGGUGGAGCACCGUGUGGCCCAGGCAACAGGGGAGACCCCAAUUGCUGUCAUGGGAGAGUUUGGUGACCUCACAUCCCUGUCCCCGACGCUGCUGGACAAAGACGACAUCAGCGAGCUGGGCACCGAGGGGGACCCGGGGGAGCCGCUGGUCAAGCGGGAGCGCAGCGAGCCCGGCCACUCCCUGCACGACAUCUGAGACCCGGGAUGGACCUGGCCACUCCCUGCACGACAUCUGAGACCCGGGAUGGACCUGGCCACUCCCUGCAGGACAUCUGAGACCCGGGAUGGACCUGGCCACUCCCUGCAGGACAUCUGAGACCCGGGAUGGACCUGGCCACUCCCUGCACGACAUCUGAGACCCGGGAUGGACCUGGCCACUCCCUGCAGGACAUCUGAGACCCGGGAUGGACCUGGCCACUCCCUGCACGACAUCUGAGACCCGGGACACACCUGGCCACUCCCUGCAGGACAUCUGACAUCUGACCCGGGGCUGGAGCGAGCCAUCCAUCCGGAGCCAGGCGGGGCGUGCCAAGCCCGGGCCCCCCCGGAUCUGCGUUAUUAUAGUGCCUCUUAGUUUCUCUUUCUGUUUACUUGUGUUUGAGGAUGGGCUGAGCCAGUUUGGCUGCCAGUGUCCCUCCGGAGGGGAGGGAGAAGCUCCAGAGUGUGCUCCCAAGGGAUGGAGGGCUCUGUGGCCAGCAGCAGGUGGGAUGUGCCUGGCUGGAGGAGCUCUCCUGCCUCUCCAGCUGAAGCACAAACGAGGCUUUCUCUGUCAGGGAAGGUGCUUUGGGUUCCUUCCCCUCGUCUCAGACUUCACUGUGAUACAAACUUGAACCAAUCAGUGCCCAAGAAGAAGGAAAAGUACCCGGCCCUUCUCCUGCAGCCUUUCCAGACAAGCUGUGCUGGCUCUGGCUUUGCCAAAUCUCUUGCACGGGGGGCACAGGGCAGCUGGUGUCCCUUGUCCCCCCUGGGGAGAGGCUCCAGGCUGCACAUCCCGACGGACACAGGCGUGCUCUGGGACUGUGGGAUGAGCAUUCCCACCUGCUUCCAUGGCCCCCCAGCCUGGCCCUUCACCCCAACGCUCCUGGGAUGCCAACAGCCAACUCAAGAUACCAAAGGACUCCGAGGCAGUGGCAGCUGGAGGCAGAGCGUGUCCAUUGUCCCACGUGCCACGAGUGCCUGGGGGCAAUCCCGUGGUGAUUCCAUGGUGAUCCCAUGGAAAUCCCGUGGCAAUCCUGUGGUGAUCCCGUGGUGAUCCCGUGAUGAUCCCAUGGCAAUCCUGUGGUGAUCCCAUGGUGAUUCCAUGGCAAUCCCAUGAUGAUCCCAUGGCAAUCCCAUGGCAAUCCUGUGGUGAUCCCAUGGCAAUCCCCUGAUGAUCCCAUGGCAAUCCCAUGAUGAUCCCAUGGCAAUCCCAUGAUGAUCCCAUGGCAAUCCCAUGGCAAUCCCAUGAUGAUCCCACGGCAAUCCCCGUCCUCCACGGUGCCCAGGCAGACAGGAACUGGUCCCACAUCCUGGGGUUUGUGAAAUUCCCACCCCCUGUCCUGCUCUGAGGUUGAAGGAGGGUCUGGAGCAGGGGCAAGGGGGGGUGACCGCGGUGCCUUAGGAGGGCCUUGUUCCCAUUCCCUGCUCCAGGUGGCCCAGCACGGCUCAGACUGGCCCAGCUCAGCUCAGACUGGCCCAGCUCGGCUCAGACUGGCCCAGCAUGGCUCAGACUGGCUCAGCUCAGCUCAGACUGGCCCAGCACGGCUCAGACUGGCCCAGCCCAGCUCAGACUGGCCCAGCACGGCUCAGACUGGCCCAGCAAAGCUCAGACUGGCUCAGCUCAGCUCAGACUGGCCCAACAGAGCUCAGACUGGCUCAGCUCAGCUCAGACUGGCCCAACAGAGCUCAGACUGGCUCAGCUCAGCUCAGACUGGCCCAGCUCAGCUCAGACUGGCUCAGCUCAGCUCAGACUGGCCCAGCUCAGCUCAGACUGGCCCAGCUCAGCUCAGACUGGCCCAGCACGGCUCAGACUGGCUCAGCUCAGCUCAGACUGGCCCAGCUCAGCUCAGACUGGCCCAGCUCAGCUCAGACUGGCCCAGCACAGCUCAGACUGGCUCAGCUCAGCUCAGACUGGCCCAGCUCAGCUCAGACUGGCCCAGCACGGCUCAGACUGGCCCAGAUCAGCUCAGACUGGCCCAGCAAAGCUCAGACUGGCCCAGCAUGGCUCAGACUGGCCCAGCAUGGCUCAGACUGGCCCAGCAUGGCUCAGACUGGCCCAGCAUGGAUCAGACUGGCCCAGCACGGCUCAGACUGGCCCAGACUGGCCCAGCUCAGCUCAGACUGGCCCAGCACGGCUCAGACUGGCCCAGCUCAGCUCAGACUGGCCCAGCACGGCUCAGACUGGCCCAGCAUGGAUCAGACUGGCCCAGCACGGCUCAGACUGGCCCAGCACGGCUCAGACUGGCCCAGCUCAGCUCAGACUGGCCCAGCUCAGCUCAGACUGGCCCAGCAUGGAUCAGACUGGCCCAGCACGGCUCAGACUGGCCCAGCACGGCUCAGACUGGCCCAGCACGGCUCAGACUGGCCCAGCAAAGCUCAGACUGGCCCAGCAUGGAUCAGACUGGCCCAUCCCAGGUGGGGAGGGGCUGGCACAGACCCCCAGCACUCUGCUCUUCCCUCUCUGGGUCCCUUGGCCUUUCCCGUGGGGCUGAGCUGGGGGGGCUCUGCAGGGUUUAUCCCCUCCCCAUGUCCUGGGGGGUCUGUGCUGCCAUGGACUGCCCUGGGGUGCUGUGGGCCACAGGGCAGAGGAGGGGGGAUCUGUCAUCAAAACAAAGCCCUGGGGCAAACCUCUCUGUGAAUAAAGGCCGUGUCAUAAAUAGCUUUUAUUAUUAUGGUUUCUGGUGAUGCAGUGUUUGGUGUGAGCUUUUCCAGGUGUGCAUUUGCCUAGCAGAGUGUCUUCUACCCAAAUCUCUGAUUUUCUCACUCCCAGUGGCACCGAGGCAGCUGUGGCACUUCCAGACACGCUGCUAAUGGCAAGUGACACGGGCGUGUGUGCAGUGGCACAUCCUCCCUCUGCCCCCUCCUUGUGCCAGGGCAGUGUUUGUCUGUAAAUGUCUCACAUGGAAGUGGCAGGAGAGAAGUGAGAGAGGCAGAUUUAAAUGUACAUAGCCAUGAAAACUCCCCGGGUCAGAGUCCACACUUGGGAUCCUGCUGACGAGAUAAGAAGAGUCUAAAAAAACAACAGAGCAACCAAAUCUUUACUGCCCUGCUCCCACUGAGGGCCACAGAAGUUCAGCUCUUCCUCUGAGGGAAGCCAGCGUGCAAAGGAGAUGCUCUGGAGCUCUGCAGCAGCGUGUGAGGAGGCUGGAGCAGCACCCAAACCCCUCCACAGAAUUCCCAGCUACAGCUGAACAGCAAUAAAUGUGUAUCCAAGCCAGGCCUGCACAA